GUAUGUUCAGCAUGUGCAGAGAUUUAGAAUCGAAAUAUUCGGGAAUCUAUUUUGGGUCAAUAAUUGGAUAUUCAGUGAUGAAGUUGUUUUUGUCGUCUGGCUUUUUUGUGGAAUAUUUUAAAUGAAGAAAUUGUGUCCGGCAGAUCUGAAGAAAUUUUUGGAAGAGAGUGGGAGGAGGUUGAGUUUAGGUCUGUUGAAUGGUCUUUUAAUGGCUGUGCGGAAGUGUGGUUCUGAGUAGGGCUCCAGAGAUUGGCUGAUUUAUAUUCUUGGAAUUGUUUCCACGGUUGACGGUACUAUUUAAUGUAGGUUUCCUCGAGACGAUUUUACGAACACAGGAAUCGGAAACAUGGGAAUUGGAUUGAUUCAGAUUACUGUCGAGCACUUCGUAACAUUGAUUCAAAUGAUUACAUGCAUCAACUCUAAGGACGGUUGAGGACGGACCACUCACAUAUUUGUUUGUUUAAAUUUUGUUUUCCUCGAGAUCAAUUAGCAUACUCUUGUUGCGGAAUCGGUGGCGAUGUCAGAGGCAGGGAAAACAUUCAUCUGUCCAAUUUGCUUGGAGUUAAGCUACAAGCCCGUGGUCCAAGGAUGCGGCCAUAUGUUCUGUUUCUGGUGCGUCCACCGCUCCAUGAAUACUUCCACUGUCUCUCACUGCCCCGUCUGUCAAAAAUCUUAUGUCCACAUCCCUCGGAUCUCACCCCAGCUCCACCACCUCCUUCAACUCGUGAAUCCUAGCGAGUACCAAUCCCGCACUCAAGAGAUUUCAGCUGAAGAGCACGACCAGAAUAUUUACUCUCCUGAAAUCCCCCCAAACUCAUCUUCCUUAGGGCGCAAAGCCGCCAUAAAUUGUAAGAUCUGCAAGAAAAUGCUCUACAAGCCGGUGGCUAUGAACUGCGGCCACCUCAUGUGCCAAACAUGCGCCGCGUCCGGUCCAACCAACAGCUGCCGUUUCUGCGGUGUCUACCAUCCAGACGCCUUUCCGCAGGUAUGUGUGGAGCUGGAGCAGUACAUGGAGAGGGAGUUUCCGAAAGACUACAAGUUGAGAAGCGAGGAAGUGAAGAGCAGCGAUAAGGCGAAGAUGCAGAUGAAAUCAUGGAGGUCCCAGCCAGCGGAUGAUCCUGAGGAAAUUGGCGUUACGCAGAACCCGAUUCAUCAGAACGUUGGAUGCGACGGGUGUGGCAUGAUGCCCAUUCUUGGCAGACGAUUUCACUGUCUGGACUGUCCGGAAAGUUGUGGGUACGAUCUUUGCCAGACUUGUCAGGAUCGUGGGAACUCUUUGCCUGGGAGGUUCAACCAACGGCACGGGCCUCGACACCGCAUGGAGGAACGCUCCUUGCGAAACCCCUGGAUAUUUGUGUGGGCUUGGUGAAGAGCCUGUCAAGAAUUUCAGUUGCUUAAAAUCUUGACGUAUGAGUUGAAGUAAUGUUCCAUAGAAGUAGCUACGGCGACAGCAGUGCAUAUUAUCUUCAUCAACGAAUGCUGAAACGGGAUAAUCCAAUCCUCGUACGUGCUUAACAACGGUAGUGAUUUGUGCUUAUUGACGAUAUUCCCAAACGUAGAACACAGUUAUUAGCAACUUAGAGGACUAUCCUGCAACUAGAACAGUCCAGUUGUACAUUCAGUUGUAUAUCCAGUUGUAUCUGGCAACAUCAACUGCACAGGAUAGUUAACUGCAGAACGGGAGUUUUGACGCGUUUGCCUCACCUAAAUCUCAUCUACGCCUCCAUGACCCUUAUAUUUCAGCUUCAUUCUACGACCGUUCCACUGAAGUGUCACAGGAAUCAUCACUCACAAAACAGUCAAUCUACCGGUUGCAGUCUCUUCAACCAGGUCUGACUUCUAUUCCCAUA